AUGACACGAAAAAGAAGGAUUGUUGUAUCAGAUGAUCAAACUAUGCUGCCAAGAAGUGAUAAUAUGAUAGUAAAAAGUGUCGAUCAUAUGAUCUUAAAAGGAGGGAAUGGUGUGAUAAAAGAUAAAGAUGAGGAAAUGGAACAAUUGGAUGAAGCUAUGAUAGUAGCAGAUAACGAGUUGGCAUCAAUUAAUGAUGGUAAUGAUAUGUUAUCAUCAGUAGAUGGAAAUAUGACAGAUACAAAUGAUAUGUUAUUAGCUAGACGAGCAAAAAAACCAAUAGAAGAAAUUGUAGCAUUAAGUGAUUGUGAAAUGGAAGAGAAUAAUGAACCAAUGAUAAUAUUAUCGAAAAAUAGUAGUGAUAUGAUACCAAUGGAUAUAGCCAUAUUAUCAGUAGACGAAGAUGGAAUAUCAGUAAAUGAAGUUGUUGGAUUAUUGGAAAGAAAUGAUAAGCAAAAUGAAUGUCCAAGCAAAGAUGGACUAAUGAUAGUAAUGAAUUAG